AUGUCGUCUCAAGUGGGCCGGCACUCGCGUCGACAACAGCGACAACAGCGACAACAGCGACAACAGCGACAACGGCCACAAGUUCAAGUAGUAAGCGGGCUACACUUUCCAGUGCCUGUGAACAACAUGGAUAUGUCGGCAUCGGAGCUAAGUCAGACACUGCCUAGCACGAUGUCUGACAUGACGCCUCUAGGGGAAGUAUCAAAUGUUAAUGCCAUUUCUAUGCCACAGGUACAGCAGCACUCCGAGGGGCUAUAUUCCGGACAAUUCCAGAAUCAACCCUCGGUACAAGGUCUCUUUGAGAUACCACCUCAAGAUCCAUUUGAUUUAUUCGAUUUUCAGCCCUAUCCCCAAUCUUCGCCCCAGAAUACCCAAAUGCAAGGACAACCUCAAGAUCAAUCUCAGGUGACUUCUUGGGAGCUAACCACAGAUCCUGAUUUAUUCGAUAUUCAGCCCCAUCCCCAAUCUUUCCCCCAGAAUACCCAAAUGCAAGGACAACCUCAAGAUCAAUCUCAGGUGAAUUCUUGGGAGCCAACCAUGGAUCCUAUGCUAGCCCAUAUUCAGCCCUAUGCUCAACCUUGGCCUCAGAACAUCCAGACACAAGAACAACCUCAAUCCCAAUCUCAGAUGAACUCCUACGGGACAACCGUGGGUUCUGGGGAAUUCUAUACUCAACCCCAUAUUCUGCCUUCGUUUCCGGAUAUGGAAAUGCAAUUACAAGGACCCUCUCAUGUAUCGCAUCACGAUCAGGUGCUUAACCAUACCGGAUCACAAUCUUAUACUCAGCCCGAAACUCAUUCUUCACCUCAUAAUCCCCAGAUGCAAUCACAAGAAUUCUCUCAGGUACAACCCCAAUCCCAAUAUCAGAUGACUGGCACGCCAGCCAUGGAUUAUGGGCAAUUCUAUACUCAGGCCCAUACUUGGCCUUCUCAGCAGCCCCAGACGCAAAUACAGGGAUUCUCUCAGCCUCAAUCUGAGAUGACCUCUUUCGGACCAGUCAUAGGUUCUGGGGAGUUCGAUAUUCAGACCCAUACUCAGCCUUCGCCUCAGAACCCCCAGAUGCAACAACAAGGACCCCCCCAAACACUACUUCAACAUCAAUCUCAGACACCGGUCAAUAUUUCGCAGCAAUCAUCUCCUCGGCAGUCUCAACAAAGCUACCCACAGGCACCCCCACAGACAAAUUCAUCGGUAAACUUUGCAUCAUCCUCUCCAACUGAUCUGGCUCAACCAUUUAUGCAAUUACAACCGCAGGUACAGCUUGUAUUCGGUGAUCCAACCCCCCUUAUAAAGUACUGCUCCCUACCAUUACACGAGAUAGGACAGGUGCUAGGAAAAAUCCCGCCAUGGAUUGAUGAGCUGCCGGGGAACGUUGAAAUAUCGCAAGAAGACUUGAAGAUAAUUCCAAUAUUGGCCAAGCACUAUCCUUCCUUCUACUUCAUACUCGAAGUCUACACGCGCGAUAUCAAAGUACAAGACCUGGUGACGAAGGAUAUGCCAUCGUAUAUGAAGUCGGAGCUUUUAAGCUUCAUGGGGCCCAAUCCUAACUUACAUCGAGCGAUGUACAAAGAUGAUUGGUUCAACUACUUUGACUCGCUCAAUAUGUUCAUUGCCACUCACGGGGGCCGAUUUGAAAUUACGAAGUCAACCAAGCUAGUCGAACUUGUGAAGAAACUAGUGAGCUUGAACUAUAUAGACAGCGCGUUUAUAUACACCUCGAUGACACGGAAGUAUGAGGAAUUUCGGGUGCAUCCCAAAGACACCCGUUCGAUGGACAACCUAUGGGAUUUUGCACAAAGGCUUAGCUAUAUUAACCUGCUAAGCAAAGAGCAACUGAGCACAGGGUUCACCGCUCACAAACUUGCUGUGCCUCGGAAAAAGGCGUACCAAGGCUGGAUCCUAUAA